GAUCUGUAUAAAACAUGUUUUGACGUCGCAGCCAGGCUUGCUCUCAACUCAUUUGUUAUCAGGAGGAGAUUUGUUUUGUUUCAGUAAUAAUUGAUCAGCUACUCGUGGAUUACAUUGAUGUCAUUUAUAGACAGCAGAAAACCUUGGUGUACUCAGAGACUUUGUCAGUUGUCACUUACUAAGCUAACUCAUGUAUUAAGAGGUUUAGAGCAGUAUGGGUUUCCGACAGCGGGCGAAAUUGAGAAUUGUGCCUACAACCAGGGUUACAAUGCUGACACGUAUACCAAGCUUGUUGCAAAGGCUAUCUAUGAUAUACUUCAGCUCAAGAAGAAUAUCCACAAUAUCGAUAAAGAUCAGUUGAUAAAAUUCUUUGACGAACUGCGCUAUGGAAAAAAAGACGAAGGUCCAGAUGGUUUAUACUACGAUAGAAGCGCUUAUGAUGAAGAUGAUGACCUAUACUUUGAUAGAAGCAAAUAUGGACCCGGGCAAAAGAAGUCAGUGAACAAAGUGAAAGUUAUGGAACAGGUGCCGGACACAAACCAUGUUACUUUCGAAAUGGACAAGGAGACAAAGAAUGAUGAUGAUGAGGUGGGUAGCACAGCGAGCGCCAGCACCAGCAGCUCGUCUCAUGACUCGGAACUGGCGCAACUCAAUGAAGCCAUCAACUACAUCAAGAACAAAGACUUCAAUGCUGACAAGCUCAUCACUAAGCUCAAGACAAAGUACAGUAACGAAGCUAAGUUGUCACAUAAGGUUAAGAUGAAGGUGCAUUGCCUGCUUGAGCUGUUGGAGGAUUUUGACUGUUAUGAUGAAUUGCUUGAACAAGCAUUAUGAGGUUGCUGCAAGAGCAAACUAAGACACAUAUUGUUAAUAACAUUAUAAAUAUAUUCUCUGAACAUUGUGAGACUAAAAAAAUUAAUGGUGGAUCAUAUUCAUGAUGAUAUUGGUAAAGAAAAUUUGAUGAUUUGAAUAACAUGAUUUUUAAACAUUUUGAAAAUAAAGUCAAGUGAUUUUAUGUACUUUUAUUAAGUAGUGUGAAGUGUAAACUUGUUGUAUUCCACACAUCUACCAUUUAGUACAAAAUAAAUUAUUUUAGCCUGACUUAGCCAAACAACAGCCAAAAUUCAGUAGGAUAUAUUACUUUGAGAUUGACCAAUUUUAGACUUUUCGUAAGAGAAGGUGCUAGUGGGUGUGAUUUCCAGUAACUUAUUGUAGAUAACCAGCACAAAAAUAAAGCAAAUUUUGUCUACUCUAAAAUAAUGAAAAUUAGAUCAUGAGUGAAGAUUUUGAGCAUGAAAUUAACUUCUUAAUUUGUAGUUUACGAACAUUACAAUAUGUGCAAAUAUAACUUGUGUCCCACUUUCAUUACUUCUUACAUUCA